AUAGAUAGUCAACUAAAAUUUAUUCUUCUCCAAGCUUCUUGAUAACUUGUGUUGUUAUUUAAAAGUACCCAAUAUUUUACUUUAUUUUCAAAUUUAAAUCCCACAUUUGUUAUUUAUUAUUGACAGCCAAGUAAAAUUUCAUCCAAAUAUUAUACAAUAAAAAUAAUUAUUCCAACAUUAAGUUUUAAUCAUAAAAUAAUUAUCAUAUAAAUUUUUAAAACCACCUUAGCAAUUUUUUAUUUAAUUACAAAAAAAAUAUCUGUGAUAUUUAAAAAAAAUUUAAGUACUUAAAUAUCAACUGAUCGUUUUCGCAUUUUACAGUGAUAAAUUAUAGACAAAAAACUAGAAAUACACACACUAAAACUCUUCUAUUUGCAGCAUGAACAGGAGGCGAAACGAGAAAAAAAAGCGUGUAUGCUGAGGCGUUGGUGGACUAGCGUCAGACGAUUAACGAGCAUACGAGAAGUCCUUAUGCUCAGUAAACCGAUUUAUCGUCGUUACAUUAUUCCGUGCAAUAUUCAAGGACUGAAGGGUUGGCCCCGUCGUUGGACUCACUCUAGUAGCAAUAAUUACAUUUAGAAGAAGAUUGUAAAUUAUGUCAGACGACAGAUUAAACGAUAAUUAUAUUACAACUGAGGAUAAAAUAACGAAUAAUCUCUUGGAAAGGGAAAUGAAAACUUGCGUAGUCAGUAAUACUAAAUAUAAUAAUAAUAAUAAUAAUAAUAAUCAUAAUAAUAUUAAUAACAACACAAAAAAUGAUGGCGAUAGUUAUACUAAAAUAAAAUCGAAAAGUAGAGGAUUGUAUUUAAAAAAAGAUAGUCCAAAGAAGGGACCAGCACCUUUAGUCAGUUGGCAUAAUGAUAGUCCAACUUUUAGUACCACUUCACCAAAUUCAUAUACUCAGGAUGAUGCAAAUGAUAACAAUGACUCCGGUUCAAGAAAAAGUUCUGGAAUCGGAAGAGAUUCAAGUUUAGCUCUUACCAUGGACCGUUCAAGUGUUGAUACAUUAUCGUCAAAUAAAAAUGAUAGCGAAUGCGAGAGUGAAAGCUGGUUGACACCCAGUGGUGAUAAAUCUAAAAAUAAACAAGAUGAAAAAUUAAAUAAUGAAAAAGCAGAAGUUAAUUCAUCUGCUGAAUCAUCAGUUGUUGAUUUAGCUUAUGAUUUUAAAAAAAAUAUUAGAAAAAAUGGUAAUAGUAAUUUGGAUGUCGAAUCGUGUGAUGAUGAAAGUGGUCCUAAAAUACCGGAUGGUGGAUGGGGUUGGAUGGUCGUAAUGGCAUCACUGGUAAUUUCACUUAUAGCUGACGGGGUAUCAUUUAGUUUUGGUUUGCUGUACAUCGAGUUUCUUGUUGAAUUUGGAGCUUCAAAAUCAAAAACCGCUUGGAUUGGUUCACUGUUUAUGGCCGUCCCGUUACUCUGUGGUCCUGUAAUGUCUGCUCUUGUUGACAGAUAUGGCUGCAGAAAUAUGACUAUACUUGGUGGCAUGAUAUCAGGCCUUGGUUUUAUUUUAAGCUCUUUUAGCACUACCAUUGAGGUAAUGUAUUUGACAUUCGGAGUACUCGCGGGUAUGGGUUUAGGUCUGUGCUACGUUACGGCAGUCGUUAGUAUUGCAUAUUGGUUUGAUAAGAAGCGUACCCUUGCUGUGGGUUUAGGUGCUUGUGGCACCGGUAUAGGUACAUUUCUUUAUGCCCCGAUGACUACGUAUUUUAUCUCUGAGUAUGGCUGGAGAGGUACUUGUCUUCUCUUAGCGGGUACAUUUUUUAAUCUUAUCGUUUGUGGUACUAUAAUGAGGGAUCCAGAAUGGUGGAUUAUUGAACAGAACAAACAGCAAUCAAUUGGAUCUCCUAGAAAAUCUAUUGUUAGAUCAGAAGGUGGAAGAUCAUGCUCUGCUAUGAGUGUUGAAGAUUUUCCGGGAAUCGAGGAAUUGAGAAAAUUAUUGAAAAGUGGAAAUACACCUGAAUGCCAUUUACAAAGCCUAAGUACAAGUACUAGAACUCCUUGUAAUGAUACACCUGAUUCAAAUGGAUAUCCCGGAUUCAGAAGUGUUGUCAAUCUUCCAACUUUUGUACGACAGAGUGAAAAAGUACCGUUAGAAGUACUUGAAUCGUUAUCGACGAAUUCUCGGCUUUAUAAUGUUAUUUUAGAAAAUUAUCCAAGUCUUGUACUUUGUCGAAGUAUUUCAGAUAAAAAUGUUGAUCAAUCUCCAACUGGUGAUAGUUCUAAUAAAGCUGGAGUUACAAUGUCUAUGAGGAUUAAACAGGCAAAGGAAAAAAAUGCUGGGGUAAUUUGUGGUGUUGUAAAAGAUUCUUGUCCAGGAUUUGAGUGCACUAUUGACCCGACUAAAACGAACACAUCGAAAAUGAAGAAGGAUUUAGAAGAGACAAUAGAGCAUGAAAAAUCAAAAUGUUUUUCAAAACAUCAUGUUCCUGGUGUAAGUUGUGAUAUUGUCAGAACUGACUCAUUACCAUGGCUUAGACGACAAUUCAAUACAAAUACUCAUUACUUCAAGGAUAUUAGAGUACAUAGAAAUUCUGUGAUGUAUCGUGGUGCAGUACUUAAUUUACACAAAUACAGAUUAAGAGCAAGUAGUUGUCCUAAUAUUUAUAGAAAUAGUAUGACAACUCUUGCUAAAGAAAAUGAAGAGAAGUGGUAUAGUGAAUUAGUAGAUCUAUUAAAGGGUAUGAUGGACUUUUCGAUGUUUCUGGAAUUGCACUUUUUAUUACUGUCUUUAUCAACGAUAUUGCUGUUCACCUGGUUCAUCGUGCCUUACUUUUAUCUCGCGGAACAUUUAACAAGAAACGGGUAUUCCGAAGCUGAUGGCGCGAAUCUUCUCAGCGUUAUUGGAAUUACAAACACAAUAGGAAUGAUUGGUCUUGGCUGGGCUGGUGAUCAACCUUGGAUGAAUGUAAGCAAAACAUAUGCAGGAUGUUUAGUUGCAUGUGGUAUUGCAACAAUAUUUAUGAGUAUAUUUACUCAUUAUUACACUCUCCUUAUGGUGAGUGCAGCACUCUUUGGAUUAUUUUUUGCCAGCAACUUCAGUUUCACACCAGUCAUUCUUGUUGAAUUAAUUCCAUUGGAAAGAUUUACUACUGCUUACGGGCUUAGUUUACUGUGUCAAGGAAUCGGCAAUCUUCUAGGACCUCCACUAGCCGGAUUAAUAUUUGAUAUUACAAAUUCUUGGGAUCUUUCAUUUUUAUUGGCUGGUGGUUGGAUAAUAGCAUCUGGUUUUCUCAUGGGUAUUAUUCCGUAUACGAAAAACCGUAAAAUAUGGGGAAGUGGUCCCAUUGAAAUGGAACUGUAUGGAUAAUAAUUAUAUCGAUACUUAUUACUUUAAUAUAAUUUAUAAUUUUUUAAAUAAUUAUUUUUUAUUUAUUCAUUUUUUUCUUGAUUUAUUUUUUGACUGUUGAUCAACUAUCCAAAGAUUUUAUUGCUGUUUGAUAUAUUAAGUAUUACAUUAUUAACUUGUAUAAACAUUAUAUUAUAAAUAUUUAACAAUAUAUGUUACGAUUGUUAUUUAUUACAUUUAUAAAAGCCAUAUAA